GUGAAAUUGCGAUCGAGAAAUAUAUACAAAUGGAACAGCAACGAGUCAAUACUUUAUUAAUCUACGUCUCACUAAUAGCAAUCUUCUGGACUGUGAGAUGUGAUAUGUGAACAACUCAAGGGAACGAUACUAUAGAAUCAUUCUCUUACCAAGGAUACACAAAUACAAGGUUUACGAAGAUAAUAAUGGGCGACCAAGGCAACCUGUACGCAUACGGAAAAGUUUCAGGAGGAAGCAGUCAUACAUUAAUUCAGAAGCAUGACUCUUCAGGAACCAUUUUGUACGAAAAGAUAACUAGCAUGGCUCCUCAACCCGGUUCAUUCUAUGUUGGAAAGAAUGAAGUUUCUCUUUAUGCUUUUCUUGAGGUUUUUCCUCAAGGAGCUAUUGUGAUUUAUAACGGAGCAACUGGAGAUGUAAGCGUAUCAGUUUCAUUUUCUGUUGUGCCUACUUCGGAUUCUCAAAUAAUAGAAAAUGAUUCCUCUGAUCUGAUCUAUUUUACAACAGGAGGAUCAGAUACUAAAUUGUAUCGAACAUGCCCAAAAGCCCCUUCCAGAGAUUGAUAUGCAUUUGUAGAUGAAGUUAAGAUUGAUGGUCAUACAGGAUCUAUUGCAAUCUCUCCUCAUUCACUUUCAAAUCGGCUCCUGAUUGUGACUUCACAGAAUACUCAACCUGCAGCUAAAUCAUUGAGGAUGAUGGACUUUGCAGCCUCAAAUUUUGAAACAUGGGCUACAAAAAUUGAUUGCCCAUCUACAAGUUGUGAUUCUUCAUCUAUGAGUAUUAUUCCAGAUAGUUCAAACUCACAGUUUUAUGUAGCACUUCAGUUUAAUUCAAACAACCUGUUCUUUAAAAUCUCUGAAGCUGAUGGGAGCCUUGUUGGAAAUAUAUACACUGUGAAAUCAGGAAUCAGUUGAUCUGGGGAGAUUUCAAUGACUCAAAAUAGUAACAGCUUCUAUUUACUCUCCUCAUGAAGUUCUGUUUACCUCUCUGUGUAUGACUCGAGUUCUGGCACAUUUACUAAAACAUACCUUAUAGCUGAGAGUCUGAUCUUUCCUAUUGGAUUUUCAGGAAAUUCAACUUAUAACAAGGUUUAUGGAUAUUGGAGCCCGUCGGGAGAGAACGGUUAUAUCGGAAGUAUUUCUGUGGAUAAUAAGACAAGCCAUCCUCAUCUUGGAAGCACUGAUGACAUCUUUUUACAAGAUAAUUCGUAUUCAAUCACAGCAGACACUAAUUCAACUUCAAGUGGUGCAGGAUUCAAUUCAUUUUUGUUUUCACCAACUAUCAUCUCGGGAGUGUCAAAUUACGAUAAAAUAUCUGCAAACACAAGCUCCAUUAUUUCAGAGGGAAUUGAACCAGGCACGUCCAUAGAUGUAUCACUUAGCUGCAGCCUAAAUCAGAGUAUCGGGAUAACCUGAGCUACUACAGGCUUGAGCGGAGCUUCUGCUCCUUCUUGGGUAACAAUAGAAUCGUCCACAUCAUUAAAGAUUUCUGAAAGUGCUGAGUUGCCUGUAGAUGCGACCAACUUCACAAUUGGUUGUAGCUUCGGCACAUAUAACUUCCAAACUUCAGUGAGUUUGAAAUCCAAAAGCAGCUGUGAGGUUGAAAAUUGCGAAACCUGAGAUCAGGAUUCUUCAGAAAUAUGCGACACUUGAAAAACUGGAUAUGCUCUGAUUUCAAAAGGAAAAGGAUGAGCUUCGGAUGGAGUACAAAACACUGUUAUUGCAUCCCAAGCUGUGAUGGGAAUCGGUGUCUUGUCAAGCUUUUCCUCUCCUCAAGGAGCAUGGAGUAUGGUUAAUCAAUUCCAAGUUCUAAUGCUAAUGCCUCUAACCAGAUCUUAUUUCCCAUCAGACAUAAUCCUAUUCUUGACUGGGAUGAAAUUUACCUUGCUGUCACUCAGUUUUAUUCCUUUUCCAGAAAUCCCUGGAAUAAAGACGUUUGUCAAUCAAUUCGAUUUCGAUCAAAUGGAUGACUACAUAUACGAAAUGGAAAUAAAAUCUGGCAGCACCUUCGUGAACAGUCUAACUCUACUAUCUCUCGUGGGCCUCAUUGCAAUUUUUCAUUUCUUCAUAAGUCUGUUAAAAAAGACAAAAGAGACAGAUGAGGAGAAGAAGCUGUCCAGGAAAGUCAUCUGGUGGCUCUAUGAACAGCUCACUUUUGGAGUGUAUAUAAGAAUAAUCUUGGAAGCCUUCUUGCUAGUGGUGGUCUCUAGUCUUUAUGAACUCUAUAUGUUCACAUAUGAUAAUCUGCUUUCUUACAUUGCUAACAUCGUUAUAAUUUUUCUCUGGGGUUCAUUCUUUAUUAUCUGCUUAUGGCAGUGGGUACGCUCCAAAGAUGAAAACAGACUCUCUAAGGCCAGGCACUUUAGAGAAUUUUAUGCGGGAAUUAAGCCAAACUGGAGAUCAAGAGUAUUCACCGCCUUUUUCCUCAGCAAAAGAUUUAUUUUAAUCAGCUUGGUGGUCUUACUUGAGAGACUAACCAUGAUCUCUAAGGUGAUUAUCUUUGUGAUAAUCCAGCUACUCUGAUGAGGCUUUAUCUGCUUUCUGCGUCCAUUUUCAGAGCUGAAGAACAACAUCAUCGAGGUUAUUAACGAAAUUUAUUUCCUGUUCUGCUCCUCGGUUAUGUUAUUCCUAAACAAGUCCGAUGAUUGGGAAGAUUGGCAUACUUCCCUCUAUAUCAACAUUCUUUUGUCCAAUAUCGUUAUGAUAUCUCUCAUCUCUUUAAUAUUUUUAAUAAAAGAUUUGGCUGUUGCCCUUAUAAAAUGCAAGCAAGGAAGCAUAAGAAAAAUCCAAGUGAAAAAGUCACAGAAAUUCGAAGUCAGGCCAACCAAUUUCGAUAAAAGACAGAUGAGCUUAGCAUCCAAAGCUCGGAUCUUUGAAGAGAGCAAGGUCGGCGAAAAGUACGAUAUGAACCAAAGAUAUAAAGAAGCUAUUGAAUUACAACGUCAGGAAUUCAUGAGCAAGAGUAAGGCUACAGGACACAAAGAGUCGCAACAAUUAGAAGGAAUCUAA